AUUAAAUAUCACGGUGCAAUCGGAGCUUUAACAAACUAAUAAAUGCAAAAGUAUAGAACAUUAAUUUAAAGAAAUGCAUAAUUUGUUUUUGAUGACGUUUGGAGCAGUAUUUUUGGCAGAAAACACAUUUCUUCUAACAAAGAAUGACAAAAUGGUGAAAGGUGAUUUUAACAAAAUCGUUGGUGAAGUUCAAAACGACAAAGUUGUCCAAAGAGUUCAUAGCCCCAGUUUAAAACAAAAAAUAUGGGAACACACUGAACUCCUGGAAAGCUCAAACCCAACAACAAAGAUUUUACAAUACUUCAGCAAGCAACCAAUCUGUGUAGACACGUCAACAACAAACUGCUCGCUAAUAGGUGUUGUAUCAAAAACCUUGAGUGAAAUUGUUGCAAACGGAUCCGUAAUAACUAAUUAUCACGACGUAAAUUUUAUUACAAUAAUUUUAGAGAAUAUAGUUAGCGCGUUUCUUAAUGCUACAGCAACUGAACAGGUUUUCAUAGAUGUUUUACAAACUAUUGACAAUGUAUUGGAUUCAAAUGUGACAUUUAUUGCAGAAUCGCAAAUUAAAACUUUCUCCUCAACAAGAAUUUUGAAAAUACUCACAGAGUUUGCUCUAAUUUUCUCAAAACAAUUAAACAAUUCCAUUUCUUUUUGUAAAAUCAAUAUUGGAUUCCAUAUCAAAAAAGUUGAAAAAGGAAAUAUAAUAAUAUCAGCACAACAGUUACCAGACAAUAGUGUUAAAAUCAGUUUUAACAACGACGCUGGUUUCAUAAAGAAAGCAUACGUAGUCAUGACACUACCGAGUGAUGUUUUUUACGAUGAAAACGAAGUUAUUUAUUCCUACUUUUUCCGCUACGAUUUCUUUUUAUUGGAUGAAAAUUACUUAAUACAACUUGUAAAAAUGCGUGGAUUUAAUCAAAGAUUUCUUCAAAGUACAAUUCUAUCUGCAUCUGUUGUUAAUAGGAAUGUUUCUAAUCUAAGUAACCCAAUUGUUAUAAAAUUUAAAAAAACGCACAAAAGUUUGGGUACCAGCAGCUGUAAAUAUUGGGAUGAAAACGUUGAAACUGGCAUUGCGAAUGUUUACGGAAAGUGGCUAACAACUGGUUGCUAUAGAAAUGAAAGUGAAAUAAAUAAUGAUUUUUUUACAUGCUCUUGCGAUCACCUAACUAAUUUUGCUGUGUUACUUGAUAUUAACCAAAAUUCCGAUAACCCACUGGCUUUAAAAAUAAUUGCAUAUAUUGGUUGUGGAGUUUCGUUGUUAGGAUUAGGACUUUCUUUGCUUACCCUCGCUACAUUUCGAAAUCUCAGGAAGAAACUUCCUCAGAAAAUUCUGAUUUGUCUUUGCAUUUCUUUAAUGGGUCUACUGCUUGUGUUUUUGAUUGGUGCAGAAAAAACAUCGCCUAGACAACACUGUCAAAUUAUUGCAGCUGCGUUGCAUUAUUUCAUACUGACAACAUUUUGUUGGAUGUUGGUUGAAGCUUUUAAUUUCCACCGUUCUUUGAUUGCAGUUUUUAAUAGAAGUAGUGAUGAAAGUAUCUUUAGAAAUGCUAAUGUGAUUGCUUGGGGUGUUCCUGCGUUAAUUGUAAUAAUUACUGGCAUUUUAAAACCAGAUCAGUUAGGAAAUCAUCAAAUAUGCGUUGUGCGGGGAAAUCCUUUUUAUUUCACUGUUCUACUUCCUGUUUGCCUGAUUUUGCUGAUUAACUUUAUUGUGUUGGUAAUCAUCAUGCUCAGUUUAUCAACAAAAAAUGAAAUUACAAAUAAAGUUACAGGAAACAAAAAUAAUAUAUCACGAGCAAAGAUUUCAUUUAUGUGCUCGACUCUUCUUGGUUCAUCAUGGAUAUUUGGUGUUCUAGCUGUAAAAGAUUUUUCAACAGUAUUUCAGUGGUUGUUCUGUGUUUCAACCUCGUUACAAGGUUUUUUCAUUUUUGUAUUUUAUAUACUGAGAAACAAAAAGGUGUUUGUUGAGUUUCAGUUUUGGCUGCUACGUUAUCGACAAUACAAAGUUUCAUCAAAUGUAGUAGAGUCAAAUAUAAACAAAAAAUGAAUAUUUACAGUUGUUGUCUUUACGUUGUCUUAAACAAUCAUAUUUGCAGAGUUUAUUUUGUUUAUAUAUGAUUAUAUAUAUGUUUAUAUAUGAGUAUAUAUUUUGUUUAUA